AUGGAUACAAAGAAGCCAAGAAUGAAGAAAGAACAGCAACAAUAUUUAUUAAACUUCUUGAUGAGGAAUCCGGAAACGGUUAACGGAAAUUGUCAGUUGCCGGCUACCAAAAGAUUGUGGACUGAACUGACAGAAGCCCUCAAUGGAAUGGGAGGUGAUCGUAAGACACAGAAAGAUUGGUUAGAGACAUACAAGUUAUUAGCACGCAGGGCGAAGGCUAAGAUGCGCACACAGUGUGCAUCUAUGCAAAGUACUGGAGGUGGUCAUCCAGCAGAUAACUGCUUGACAGAACUGGAGAAAAAAACAAUAAAUAUAGAGGGGACAUCAACUAUAUAUGGAUUGCCUGGAGCUGUGGAAGCUGGUAUUAUUAUUGUCCCAGGGACUCCACAGCCCAUUGUUGAUGUUCCGGAUCCUUAUGUUAAACAAAACAUAGUCAUGGAUAUACAUUCAGACACUGAAGAAGAGCCCCCGAAGGAAGCGGCUAUGGUGGAUGCGUUGACACGCCGCAAUUUGAUGCGCCGCAACGCGCAUCGAGCAACGCCCCGUACGCUCGUGCCGCCAGCCGAUUCAGCCACCCCGCAAGAAGAUGCCAUGAUAGUGGCUUUAAGGGAGGGAGCCCAAGCGCAGGUGGCGCUCGCCAAUGCGCAGACAGAGGCCGCUCGGUAUCUUGGCGAUUGCAUAAUGCGUGCCGCUACCAUGUUCGUCGAAGCGAUCAAUAAAAAUAAAUAA